GAUCAUGGGAAAGGCAUGAGGGUUUUUAACACAGCGCUGUGUUUCUCCAUGACUCCAGAUGCUCUCAUCGCCCUGUGGCUUCCCCACAGUUUAGAAACAGCCCUCCUGUUUACUCGACGGGAUUUUUUUUUAAGCGUUAGAGAGAGCGAGGGAGAGCGAGGGAGAGCGAGAGAGAGCGAGAGAGAGCGAGAAAACAAACUUGGCCGGUCGAGGGAGUACCUGGAGAACAGUCAACUCCAUCCUGGAGAGACACCGCAGGAACCUUGGAGGAAAUACCAGUCACUUCCUCUCCUACUGUUCUCAACAUCCUACCUUUCUUCUCGAAACACCUCCCCAUCCCGUCCACUCCUUACCCACCCUCCUUUCUCCCCACCCCACCCUUCUUCUCACUUAUUUUGCUCCGUCUCUUCCUUUCUUUUUUUUUUUCUUCUGUGUCCUCUCUUUUUUUUUUUCUUUUUUUUUUUCCCAGGCGGUAACCAAGAAGAAGUUUGGGAGCAACAGCUUCCGAUCGGCGCUGGAGAAUGGCGUUCUGUUGUGCGAGACAACCUCAACGUCUUCCUCAAGGCCUGCGGGAAGCUUGGAUUUAAGGAGGCACAGCUCUUCCACCCGGGAGACCUCCAGGACCUCUCCACCAGAGUCACAGUCAAGCGUCAAGAGACCGACAGGAGGCUGAAAAAUGUGUUGAUCACCAUUUACUGGCUGGGUAGAAGAGCUCACUGUGAGCCGCUAUAUGAUGGACCUCACCUGAACCUCAAGGCAUUCGAAGGGUUACUGGGCACCGCGCUAUCCAAGGCUCUGGAGGAGUCGUUGAGUCAGAAAGGCAGAAGUGUUAGAGACAGUGGUUUUGGAGACAGCUGGUACUCGGAGCGAGAGGAGUUCUUCCAGCUGAGAGGAGAAGGAGGAGGAGGAGGACAUAGGAGAGAAGACUCCCUGGAUAGUCUGGACUCUCUGGGUUCCCGACCUCAUAGCAUCUCGUCUGACGCCACCCUUAAAGGAAGCAGCGAGGGUUGCUGCAGUGACGCGGAGGCAGAAUCCGCCUUCAGGAUGGCUGAGAACAAGGACUCCCUCAUCUACCGCCGCUCGCUGGUGGUCGUGCCCAAGACCACCACCCAGUUCAACCAGUUCCUGCCCACCAAGGACAAGUCCUCGGGUUAUGUGCCGGCACCCCUGAGGAAGAAACGGGCUGAGCGCCACGAGGACAACAGGCGGAGCUGGGCCAGCCCCAUGUACACCGAGGAGGAUGGUACUUUCACGAGAACGGCCCAAAAGCACGACGGUAGUGACGGGAGCAAAUCAAUGAAUGACAUCCAGGUGGACCCGACUGUCGUACGGCAGGUGCGCUACGAGGAGCUGCAGAAGUAUCGCGACAAGGUGAAGGAGAGCGAGGACAAGUGGCAAGAUGACCUGACCAAAUGGAAGAACCGGCGCCGGAGUGUGAACUUGGACAUUGUGAAGAAGAAGGAGGAGAGGGAGCAGAUUGAGCAGAUCACGUACGGCGGCGGCGGAGGCGGAGGCGGCGGCGGCGGUCAGCGGAGGUCCAAGACCUUCAAGGAGAUGCAAGAGCAGAGAGAGAGCAGGGGAUCUGUCGGCAGUCGUCUUGGCUCUCUCUCUUACCUGGACGAGGACGAGGACGUGUUCGACCACCCCGUCUCCUCCCCACGCUCCCGCACCCUUCCAGCCAGGAGUUACACCAUCGACACCCCUUACUCUCAGACAGACCACUGGGUGUCCUCUCUGAGAGAGGAGGACUCCCCGGCUCCUCCCCCACAGGAAGUAGACAGGCCUGUAAGACGUGACACUGCCAUCACCAACCCUGACACCGGUACCACCACCACUACCGCUGCCACCGCUCGCCAUUCCACCAUCCACAACCCCGACCUUCUAAGCAAGGCUCCACCCAUGGAGAAGAUCACCAGCCCAGCCAAGAUGGAGAGCUCAGCCGCCACCUCUGUCUCCACGACCAGUUACCUUCCAAAGGCGACUGAGCCAUGCCGCCCCACGGUGGGCACGCAUGCUGACGAGAAGCCCCCCUCCUCCGGCUCUCUGUACAAACGGCAACCACAAUACAACUCAACGGAGUCCAAGCCUCCCACAGCGUCUCGGGUUUCUGCCUCUCUCCCCAGGAGCUACCAGAGAUCGGAUUGCGCGCGUCUCACCUCAGUCAUCGCGCCCCGGCCCUUCGGGACGCAGUCCACCCGCGUCGCCUCCCUUCCACGAGCCGUCACUAUGGACGACCCUCACAAGCGUGUGAACGGAGAUGUGGAUGUUUCCAAGAAGUCAUCCGUGCCGAGCCGCUACCACCAGUUCAUGACCUCCGAGGAUGAAGCGCGCUCCCACUCCUCUUCGGCCCACAGCAGCGAGGAUGAAGAGGAGGAUGAGGAAAUGGAAGGGAAAAACAUCAGUGCCCCUCCUCUUCCUGUGCAGAGCGUCUCACCUGUCGCCCCACAGGUCAAGAGCGAUGAGCCGGUCAGCCCCGUUCCCACCAAGGACGCCAAACAGGAGAGCUACUGUGACAUGCGGAUCAGCCUGAAUCAGAAGCCCAACAGCAGCAGAGACUUUGGUUUCCAGGCAGACUGGGACUCGACUGGGGCUCAUGUUACGUCCGUCCAGUCAGGCAGCCCAGCGGAGAUGUGCCAGCUGCAGGUCGGGGACGAGGUGCUGACUGUGAGCGGUCACAAGGUGGCUCACAUGAGCUACCCAGAAUGGAAGGCCUGCAUGGAGGAUGCUCUGCAGCAGGGCAGUCUGGUCAUUGACAUACGACGCCACGGCAAGAACAACUGGGACAGAAACCUCACUUCCCUGCCAUUUAAAAGCCAUAAGACCAUCAAUCUGACCAGUACGGAUCAUCCAAUACCUCUAGGUGCCUCGGACGCAAACACUGUCAACCCCAGCUUGGAUUUCACUUCACGCACAUCCACGGAAACGCUGGCGACCAGGGAGGCUCCCACCCAUCCGAUCAUUGAUGUGGCCUCCAACGGGCUCAAUGGGGGCUUCCGUGAACAGCCAGUGACCAUGAGAAACAAAGAGUCAGAACCCAUAGCUUUGAAAAACCUCAAACGAAGGUCAGAGUUUUUUGAACAAGGAGGCUCAGAUUCUGCACUCUCAGACGUGCCUGUCCCGUCAAUCACUCCGUCCUCCAGUCGGUGGUCUUGGGACCCAGAGGAGGAGCGCCGACGACAGGAGAAAUGGCAGAAGGAGCAAGAGCGCCUCCUGCAGGAGAAAUAUAAGCGCGAUCAGGAGAAAUUGGAGGAGGAAUGGCGUAAAGCCCAGCAGGAGAUUGCGAGCAUCGCUCACCAACAGCAGGAGCCAAUGAGCCUAAGGGCAAGCAUCCACAGCAUCAGCCCACACUCCCCCCUCUCGCCCCUCAGCCAGCCCACUUCUCCAUGGGAGGACCAGGCGGAGGAAGAAGAGAGGAGGAGGAGGGAGGAGCAGGAGCGACAAAGACAGGCGGAGGAGAAGAGGAAGAGGGAGGAGGAGGAGAAAGAGCUCCAGCGUCUUCAGAAGGAGAGGAAGAGGAGGGAGGAAGAGGAGUUAAGACGGCAGAGGAGGCGAGAGGAGGAGAAGCGGGAGGAAGAGGAAAGGAGGCAUCAGGAAGAAGCAGAGUGGCAGCGAAGGGAGCAGGAGAGAGUCCAGGAGCCUACGCCGUGGGGUGGUGUAUCCUAUGGCUUUUCCCAUGUCCAUCCUGAGAUAACAUUUACAGACAGGGCAAAGUCCAAAUCAACACCCCAGCUUGAUGAAGCGGAGAAACCAGAAGGGAAAGUGACGGGGAGUGUUGCGGGCGAGGUGUCAUGGAGGGACUCUCAGAAGAAGAGCCAGCAGUCGGUGUCUCAGGCGGAGGUGGAGAGGCAGCAGAUCCUCCAGGAGAUGAAGAAAAAGACUCAUCUGCUGACAGACAGCAGCUGGAUCCGCCAGUCUGCCGCCGCCACCAUCACCAACAAGGAACCCAUCAUCCUGCCCAUGCGUCGAGGGGAGUCUCUCGACAACUUGACCGGCCUUCGUAACUCUUGGAGGUCGUCAUGGACCCCCGGGAGCACCUCCUCCAUCCCCAACUACAGCCGGCCUCACUCCGCCCUCUCUGGCAGCACGUCCUCCUACGGUGGUGGGGUCACAUUUGGGGCCCGAUCAGGCUCCGCCACCCUUCCCUCCUCUUACUCCAUGGGAUCGGUCAGAGGUGGGGCAGGGACCCCCUCAUCCCCGUGGUCCCAGCAGUCACCUUCCCUCUCCCCCACAUACCCCUCCCCCACCACCUCUCCAGAGCCCGCCUCCGAGACACGCCUGCCUCAGCAGCGUAGCAGGUCAGUGAGUGGCAAGAAAAUCUGUACUUUCUGUGACAACCCGCUGGGGAAGGGAGCGGCCAUGAUCAUCGAGUCCCUCGGGCUCUGUUAUCAUUUGGCUUGUUUUAAGUGUAUCGACUGUAAGUCCGACCUGGGAGGAUCGGAGACCGGGGCUGAAGUCAGAAUACGAAACAAACAGCUCUACUGCAACUCCUGCUACAUGCGAUUCAAAAUGGGCCAACCCACCGCCAUGUGACACGGCCGUUCUCCAGCAAAUUGAUGAGGAGACUACUUAGAACAGCGACUUGCCAACGCUGCGACCACGCCAACCAGCCAGGACACAUGAUGGCAGUCUUUGACAUGAUGACAUAUAUGACUUUAGACUGCCCCGGUUGAAUAGUCAAUGAACAAAUCACUCAUACAUACUCCUUUUUGCAGCGUGUGAUUGAGAGGGUGAGCUUGAAACUUAGCUUAAGUUAAUGUGUUUAUAUGAUAUUAAGUAUUACAAUUUGUACAAAGUAUAAGGGAUGUGCAUGCACCACAGAGUUUUUAGAUGUUUUACCCUGAAACACAAGAGUCAUAUUGUCCGUAAGAGCAUUUGAGGCAGAUCUCUUUUUUUUUUUGUGACGGCUACUUUGACAGAUUCCAGCGACAGACGAGGUAUUUUAUCUUAUGUUAGAUUAAGGGAUCCCUGCAAAUAUCAGCGCAUCUAACUAAGCUUCAUUUCUGCUGAAUCUUGUGCUAUUAACACGUCAGUCGACGAAUGCAUUCUUAUCGUUUUUGUGUUAAUAUUUGUAUCAGGGGAGAAGAAAUUAGAGAUGAUGUUAAUUCAAAAUAUAUACGUAAAAUGUUCAAGGUUUGUUUGGAGAGCACUUACAAGGAGUUUGCAUUGACAGGUUGAAGAUUCCACACUUGCAGGGUUUUUUUUGUUCCUUUCCUUUCCUGAGAAAAGAUAUAUCAUCAGAUGGUAUUGAGGCAAACUUUCUUCAGUAACAUUUGUAAAUAAAAUGACCAAAUGUUAAUCCCGUCUGACUUAUUCAUUUAACUCUGAAAUUGCUUACUUAAAUUCUCAAUAUUGUACUCAGUGAUGCAAGAGCUAGCUCUGUAAUCAGAAUCCAUUUUCUAUUUUUCCUUCGCUCUCUCUCUCUAGCAUUUUCACAUCUCUCUCUUUCUCAUCACAGUGGUAAUGAAGGGAAUUUCAAUGAGGCUUUGUGCCAGGUUCAGAGGACCUGCCUGCCAUGCUCUCCACAGCCAUUUUGUCAUACAUAUUUCAUUCUGCCUGCAUGCAUUAUAUUUGAUUACACUGCGAUUUGCUGUUUUCCUGAUGUUGUUCUGCAAUUCUGUUUAAUGAAAUAUCUGCACAAACAUUUAACUGUGAUGAGCAAAUGAGUGGAAAUCUCUGAUUGCCCAGUUCUUAAAUGCAUUUAACAGAUGACAUGAGGGUGUGUUCCUGUUUUCCACAUAUGAAAAUAAACUUAUCUGAGUUUAUUUGUCGAUUAAAACAA